GGACACAUUGAACACAGACAAUAAACCAUUCACUAUACACAAUCCUCUCUUCCACUUAACAAUUCUAAAUACAGACAAGCAAAGGUGUAGACUUUACCAAAAAUUUGUGAUCGUUUGAUUACUCUGAAGCGUGAGCUCGAGAUGGGUACGGACAUGGUGGUUUUAGAGCAUGGGUCUGUGCAACGCAACAGCCAUGGAUGCUGCAACAAGGGACCAGGUUAUGCCACUCCACUUGAGGCCAUGACUGGCCCCAGAGAGUCUCUUAUCUAUGUCACUUGUGUCUAUUCAGGAACAGGAAUAGAGAAGCCUGAUUACCUAGCCACAGUGGAUGUAGAUCCAAACUCAUCUACUUAUUCUAAAGUUAUCCACAGGCUACCUAUGCCAAAUGUUGGAGAUGAACUGCAUCAUUCAGGAUGGAAUUCUUGCAGCUCUUGCCAUGGAGAUCCUUCAGCUAACAGACGUUUUCUUGUCCUGCCUUCUCUGAUAUCUGGACGCAUAUAUGCUGUUGACACUCAGAAGGAUCCAAAAGCUCCCUCUUUGCAUAAAGUUGUGGAGCCUGAAGUUAUUGUACAGAAGACAGGAUUAGCAUAUCCACACACAGCUCAUUGUCUUGCUUCUGGAGAUAUAAUGGUGUCAUGCUUAGGAGAUAAAGAUGGAAAUGCUGAAGGAAAUGGAUUUCUUCUCCUUGACUCAGAAUUCAAUGUUAAAGGAAGGUGGGAGAAACCAGGGCACAGUCCUCUGUUUGGCUAUGAUUUCUGGUACCAACCUCGACAUAAGACCAUGAUAAGCACAUCAUGGGGAGCCCCUGCAGCUUUCAGGACUGGUUUCAACCUUCAACAUGUAUCAGAUGGUUUGUAUGGGAGGCAUCUGUUUGUUUAUAGCUGGCCUGAUGGUGAACUGAAACAAACACUGGAUCUUGGUUCUACAGGGCUAAUACCCCUUGAGAUAAGGUUCCUGCAUAAUCCGUCUAAAGAUACAGGGUUUGUUGGGUGUGCCUUAACGAGUAACAUGGUGCGUUUUUUCAAAAACGAAGAUGGAUCAUGGAGCCAUGAGGUGGCAAUAUCAGUUAAGCCAUUGAAGGUUCAAAACUGGAUACUUCCAGAAAUGCCUGGUCUUAUAACUGAUUUUUUGAUCUCUCUUGACGACCGUUUUCUAUAUUUCGUGAACUGGCUUCAUGGAGAUGUUAGACAGUAUAACAUUGAAGACCCUGCAAGGCCCAUAUUGACUGGCCAAGUUUGGGUUGGUGGACUGAUUCAGAAGGGAAGUCCUAUAGUGGCUGAGCAAGAAGAUGGUACAACCUGGCAGUCUGAAGUUCCACCGGUUCAGGGAAAUCAUUUGAAAGGGGGACCUCAGAUGAUCCAACUGAGUUUAGAUGGGAAGCGACUGUACGUCACCAACUCCCUCUUCAGCGCAUGGGAUCGCCAGUUUUAUCCUGAAAUCUUGGAAAAGGGAUCACACAUGUUGCAGAUCGAUGUCGAUAAUGUGAAAGGUGGUCUUAAGAUAAACCCCAACUUCUUCGUCGACUUUGGAACUGAACCUGAUGGUCCUUCCUUAGCUCAUGAGAUGAGAUAUCCUGGAGGUGACUGCACUUCUGACAUUUGGAUUUAAUAACCUCAUAUGCAUGACGGGGUUCGCGUACUCGGAGUUUACCAUGUAGGAAGAGGUUAACGGUCCCUCGUAUGUUUUAUAAAUAAAUCCUUCAUGUUGAAUAAUUCCUAUCAGAACUUGCUCAGUUUGGUCGAGGAGAUCAAAGCUCUUUGCACCUCUUUUUUUUCCAGUAAAGUUAAGGGUUUGGUGACUAAGCCCCAAGUGAUUAGGGUUUGGAUGCCUAUUGAAAUCCUAAUUGCAUGGAGCAAAUAGAGUUUAUAUUUUGAUCCGUA